CACUCGCUCUCAAUCAGUCUUGUCCCAGAUCGCUCUACGAUAAGAACCUUUAGUGUGGCUCCAGAGGUUGUACUUGACUUGAAGUUCCGCUGUGUCGAAGUCUAAAUCCUCGGAACUUUUCUGAUAUACAGUAAAAUCAAAUUCUUGAACUACAGUACGGGAGGUUUUAGUUGUUUUAUUUCGUCUUUUGAAAAAAAAGUGACGAAUGAGAAUUUAGGGCCAUGUAAGCGAGAAGAAUUGAUAUAAGGAAAAAAAAACAGUGCACUCUACCCGCCAGUUGGAACAUUUGUGUUAAUUAUAGCGUAGAGCGAACUACUAGCUACGAUGAUGCAGUGCCAGGUAACAGCUGACCAGCAGGUCCUCCUCGACGUGAUGGCACCCGAUGCCACUGAGACCACGGAGCCAGCAGGCCCCAAGUGCGAGUCUGAGAAGAAAUUGGUGGAAUUGAAGCUGAAACAUGGAUGGCCGUUCCCUGAUAUGACGGAGCCUCCGUUAUCCUUCCGAAUUAAAAGCAGCUUCAUAAUUCCCAUGGUCGGGACUUUCAGCAAAAUUCUCUUGAAAUGGUGUAAUAAGGUGAACGGCCACAACAUCCAACAGCUUCGAAACCUGGUAGCAAAUCGGCCUGCAGGCACACCGCUCCUCACAGUAUCAAACCAUUAUUCCUGCCUCGAUGAUCCCGCGCUAUGGGGUUUGUUGAGAUGGCGUGAUCUGUGGAAUGCGCGGAGAAUGAGGUGGUCCCCCGCAGCACAUGACAUAGCCUUCACACGAAAAAUAUACAGCUGGUUCUUCAGUGCUGGGAAAUGUGUGCCAAUUAUUCGAGGCCUGGGAGUGUACCAGGAGGCAAUGGACUUCCUGAUUGAUCGUCUGAAGGAGGGCCAGUGGGUACACAUCUUCCCUGAGGGCAAGGUGAACAUGAGCCUGGAGAGGAUGCGGCUCAAGUGGGGCGUGGGCCGGCUGGUGUACGAGUCACCUGUGUGUCCAAUUGUCCUGCCCUUCUACCACAUCGGUAUGGAUGACAUCCUGCCCAACCGCAAGCCCUACAUCCCCAGGGUCGGGAAGCUGGUGACAGUUGUGGUCGGAGAACCAUUGGACUUCAAGGACCUAGUGUCGGAGAUGAAGGCAAAGAAGGAGGACCCGACGACGGCGCGGAAGGUGAUCACCGACAGGAUCCAGGAGGAGCUGGGGAGGCUGCGAGACCAGGCGGAGGAGCUCCAUGAGAAGAUGAAGAGGGAGAGGAACUUAUAACGCAAGUCCAAAGGCAUAAAUGCAGCAAUUGUCCUAAUCCUUCCACUCGAUAUUUUGUACAUUUUUUUCCGCGGUGGAGAAGUAUCAGAUUGUAGAACUGAUGAAGAAUUCAUUUUGAAUUUUUGUCAUUUUCCCGCAUUGGCCUUAUUAAAAUUUUUAAGAUGAAGUCAAUGGAUAUACAUUUAUUAGUAUUGAUAGUGUUAGCUUUUUUCAACGAAUUUUUAAAAUGUAUGGAGAUAACCUGGAAAACUUUGAAAUUAAUUUUUCUGGAUAUUUAUUAUGUAUAUAGUACUUUUAUUUUGAUUAGAAUGUUUGCAAAUAUUUUUAAAAAAUUAUAUGCAAUUGCAGGAUUGGAAAAUCUGGUAGUUUUAUGCCACAUGAACUGACCUGUAUGUACCAAUUGGCUGAAUGACAUGUAAUUUAAAACCUGAAUUUUCCUUUGGUAUUAUGUUGCAAUGAUACAUAACGAUGAACUGUUCAAGACUUGCAUAAGGUCUGGCAUGUUGGUGAGUUUGCACAACUACAUUUUAUUUUUUUGUUAGUAGUAAGCUAUAUUUCUAUAUAUGUUUAUUGAGUGUGAAGCAGAAUACUGAAGUCAACAUGCCAAAACGAAGUGUUUUUUCUCUUGCUUCCCAGUGAUGAUGAUGUCAUUUAUAUGUUGAUGUUGAUAAAGAUGAUUUAUUAUUUUUUGUAUUUUUUCUCUUUUUUUCUCUCUUUUUAUUUUUUUUCAGAGAUACUGGUGCAAAAAGUGUUCAUGUUUAAAUGCAGGUUUUUGCAUUUGAGAACAGAUAUUUGUCCUAAUAGAUGUGUGCUCACUACAAAACUUUCCAAUUUUGUGAACAAAACUUCCAUAAAGAUUGGGUUCUGUGAGAUAUCAGUGCAUCGUGUUCAGAAAAAGCAGACGUGAAAGCUUGCUUAUAUUUUCAUUAUUUUUAUUUUAUCAAUUGUAUUUCACAAACAUCUCUAAUUAUAUUCCCUUUCCCCCCUCUGCUCAUAGGAGAGAUUAGAUUUAUAUAUUGCGGCUUCACACUCUUGCAAAUACUACAAAUAUUUGAAUGUACCCAAACACAAAUAAAAGGAAAAUAUGGCAUAAGGCUGUCUCUGGCAAGUAAAUGAUUAAAUUAAAAGGAUAGCAUUAUCAUGACAAGGCAUACAUUGUCAUGUAUUUAUGUAAAUAAAUAUUGCCACUGAAAAAUCAUGUAUUUGCUGUUACCUGUCUUUUGCAACUUUCUAGAUAGCUGCUCUUAUUGCUUUAUUUUCUAUUUAACUAUUUUUCUAUCACCGUUUCCUAGUAGUCUAGUUUCCCAUUGGUUUAAUUCAAAGGCUUUUCAUAAGGAGUUUUUAGUUCAGGGUUGUUACAAGCCAUCAUUUAUUUCUCUUGUUUUUUCCAAAAUGAAAUUACUUGUCUCACAGCUACAUUCUCCAUUCAAAAUGCACAGAGACAAGUAUUAACAAUAGUAAUGGUAAAUGUCUUUGUUUAGUUGGAGUACUGUAGAGUACUGCAAGGCAUAAAAAAGUGGAGAGUCUGCUCUGUAUAAUUUUCUGUUCUGUGCAUGUUUCUUCCCUGUAACAACCAUUGGGUCAUAUGCUUUGUACCUAUGAUGCUGAAGAUAUCACAUUUUGGUGCAGAGCUCAGAAAUGUGAUUAUUUUUACUUUUUUACUUUUUGAUACUUAGAUUGUCAAUAAAUAAAUAUAUACAUAAUCAACUGGACCAAUUAGGAAACUAUAUAAAAGGGUUAACACGUAUAAGUGAAGAGAAACUAGAGAUGAAAGUUAUAUCAAAUGUUAGUAAAAGAAAUCAGACUUGCAUUGUUUGUUUGACCCAAUACCACCGGGGAAAAUGAAUAAAAAAUGGGGAAAAUACUGUGCUCAUUUUUUAUAUUUUUUGUGAAAUGUCUCUACACAUAGAUGGCUCUGCUAGUGCUUAGCCACAAAGGAGUCAUUUAGUAGACAUUGUGACCUUAACUGAUUUGAAUUGGCGGGAAAAAUGUAUUUUUUACUAGUGCUAUGAAUAUCGAUGGUGUUACUUUUAUUAUAAACAUUAUGAUUACUAUUAUGUUAUAAACAUUAGUAACAGCAAAAUAAGAUAACGUGAAAUAUUUUCGUAAAUCAAAGAAAAGGGUAAACGGGCAAGACAGGCAGUACUCGUAACUGGCUCAUUGGUGACUUAGUAGAAGUGUAGCCAUCUAUGUGUUAAAACAAUCAAACAAGGAACUCACAGUGGGCACUACAUGUACCUACUCGUUAUGCCCGUCGGCAUUGGGUUAAAUAAAGAGAGAAUCUUAACAUGUUUCAAACUGAAUCCCAUUAGAGAUAUCAUAAUCUAUUUUCCAAUCAAGUAAUGUAGAAAAUAUAUCAUCCUCUUGAAAAGAUAUCUGAAAUAACAAAUAAUAAAUAUAGUUGUUAGUAUAGCUAGGCAUGCCAUCAUAACCUGUGUAACAAUGUUUUUGAUUAUGUACAAUCUAAACCUCUUUCAGAGUGAUGGGUUAUCCCUGUGUUGACUAGCAAUAUAUGUGUUUAGGGUAGCUGUCAGUGUCAGCUGAACUAAUAUCCUAUGAAACCCUGCAGCCAUUAUUAUUAGUGUGGCUAUAUUUGUUACUGGCUUUUUAGUUCAGUAGUUUAUGAGUUGGGCUUACCUCAUACCAGUAAUGUACACCUCUGGUAACAUGUGGAUGGUAGUUACAGAGUCAGAUAAAAUGAUAUACUUCCUAUUAUUGUAAAAAUAGUACCUUGAAGAUGAGAUGGAAAUAUUAUAGUCCACAUUAUAAUGGUAGUAAAGUUAGUACAGCAAAUUUGUUAGAAGAAUUGUAUAUCCAAUAGAUAUUUACUUUGUACUAAUGAAUUAUACCUCUUUAUCAGUUACAUAUAAAGUGUUACCCCAGUGAUUUAUUACUAAUUUUAUUAUAUUAUAGAACAAAUAAUAUAGGUUUAUGGUAUCAUAGAGAUUGACAGAAGUAUUAGAAAUGUUUGUGUAUUAAUGGAAUGUUCAAGACUUUGUUAAACAAGCUUCUGUUUCUUUAUACUAUCUUCUUAUCACUAAUUCAUUUUGAUAUAUGUUGUUUUUGCUUGAGGAAAUCUUUACUGAACAAGAGAUUAUUUUCAUGACAAUAGAGCAGGGGUUUAUGAUUUGGACUAGUAUGUACAGGCCACUUAUUAUAACAGUAUUUUAUGUUAUGAUGUCUGAUAAAAGGAUUAUACUAAGGGAUAUCUUUUGCACAAUGAAUUGAUAUGCAUCUGAAUGCAAAAAUGACAUAGUACAAACUUGGUGAGGAGAUGAAGUUUAUUAUUCAGCUAUGACUGGCAUAUCAUGGGAAGGUAGAUGUGUUAAACAAAAUUCCUUGGAAAGUCUGCUACUCUUGUCUGAUUAGGUAGUAAAAGUAUGAAACUAACUUCAUUUUAUAUGGACUUUUCUUUUCUUGGUGAUGUACAUAUCUUUAUAUCUUUUAUAAAGAUAUAAAUGACAUGAGGUUGAAUUUCUAACAUAAAUUUUUUUUAUUUGUUUAUUUUUUACUGUAUGUAUUUAAUUUUCACUCCUUAAGGUAUAUUUCAGAGUUGAUAUGCAAUAUAUCUGAGUAAUUUGACAUAGUGUUGGUAUUAGUUUAGGUAUUAUAAACAGGUAUUUCAUUGUGCGACAGAACUGAAUCCCUAUUCCCUCUCUUUGUUAAUAAAUAUGAAUCCAAUUUUUAAUUUCACUAUUUCUAAUAACUGAGACAGACUUUUUGGAAUACCAUUUUCAUUUUUCUUUCUCAAUAAAAGCCAAUGAUAUGCUUAAGCUUGAGCGAGAGAAGUUUGAUCAUUCCCCCUCUAAUAAAAGUACAGUUGUCCUCAAUUUAAUGAACUAAGAAAGAAGGAAAAGGGAUAGUAAAUGAAAUGUAAUUAAAAAUGGGGGGAACCAUUUUCUAUUUUUUUAGUGUUGGAUAAAAAAGACAAUUAACAGUUGUGUUCAGUAUCAGAGAGUAGAGGCGACGGAAAAUCCCCCUCCUUUGGAUUCUCCCGAAAGAAAUGGAACCACUAAUGUCUGCAUGCAAUGUACAAGUGGUUAAAAAUGUCUACUUGCAACAUACAAGUGGUUAAAAAUGUCUGCUUGCAACAUACAAUUGGUUAAAAAUGUCUGCUUGCAACGUACAAGUGGUUAAAAAUGUCUGCUUGCAACGUACAAGUGGUUAAAAAUGUCUGCUUGCAACGUACAAGUGGUUAAAAAUGUCUGCUUGCAACGUACAAGUGGUUAAAAAUGUCCGCAUGCAACGUACAAGUGGUUAAAAAUGUCCACUUGCAACGUACAAGUGGUUAGAGGUGGAAUAGGAAUGAGAGUUGGUUAGAGUUUUCUUAGGGACUGGAGCUAGAUUGGAUUAUUUUGCUCUCUGAUAAUGAUUCCUAAGUUUGAGUACAUGCAGAGCUGCGAAAAAUGUUAGUAGGAGACCAUGUUCGUAGUCAGAAUACGUCGGUUAAAUCCAAAAUUUGUUCUUUGAGACAUUCUAUUCAAAAUUAGGAUUAAGUUUUAAAAUGUUAAUGAAUAAUUCUUUGUAAACUAUAUCUUUAAGUUCAUACUUGUAUACAUUCUGUAAAUUUUAUGCCUUUGUGUAUUUGUAGACAAAAAAAAAAACAUUAUAUAAUUUUGCAUGUUUUACUCAUAAAUCAAUAGAAUUCAUAUAGAAUCUCCAUUUUGUUCCUCUUAUAAAAUACAGCAAAAAUAGAUUAAGUUGACAGCAUAGAAAUUAAAUGGUGCCAUGCUUCCCUCUAUUUACUAAUGAAAUAUAAUAAUACAAGAUGUGUUCUAUUUGUGAGUUGUAUUUAAUUUUUCACAUUUCAGUUUACACAGCUCAUGCAGAAAUGGUUAAUUUUUUAAAUGUAGUCAAACCUUUAUAUUGAAAAUUAAUAUAUGUUAAGAGUUUGAUCUGGAAAAAAGGUAUAAUUUUGCUUAAUGUUGUUGCAAUAUUAAAUUUUUUAUGUUAAGUAAACUAUAAUUUUGUUUUUAUCUUUAUGAUUGGAAAUUUGUGCAUUAUUUUUUAUUAUAAAGUAUUCUGUCAAGUAAAAUUGACUAUCACUGGAAUAUAUGCAAUCAAAUACAUCUAAUUAAUAAUUGAUAUGAAAAGGAAACAAUUUUUGUUUUAACUAAUAAUAACAGUAAAAAAAAAAACAGAAAAAAUAUAAUAAAGUCUGAAAUGAUGAUAAUAAUGGAAAAAAAAUCAAAAGCACAUGUAAUGAUGCAUUAUUUGAAAAUAAAAUGCAAAUCAAGUGUUAAAAU